UUCAUAUGUCAAUUGUCUUCCUCUCGUUCCACCUUCAUCGAAAUUUUCCCAGUGAUUAGUUUGUAAAAUAAGUUAUUUUUAACAUAAAUGCAAAAAAUCAACAAAAACAACAUAUUAUUGGAUGACGGAUGACAGUUAAAUUGUGACUUGUGUUUUAAAUCAGUUUGAACAUCAAACACACAUGAAUACUGAGGAAGAUGACAAUUCUAGAGAAUAAUGUGAUUCCUAUGCACAACAAAUUAUCUCUGACCAAAACUAAAUACAAAACUGGUGACCAACUCAAGAGGAAAUACUUAUUUGAGGAAGACUCGAUUCCCAAUAAAAAGCCAGCCUUAAACGAUAUGUUAAACGGAUACAGAGGAGACCAAAGGAGCAACGGAGAUGCUGUACAAGAAUCUCCAGUUGCUACUUUGUCAAAUAUGGGAAAUACUUGCUUUCUCAAUAGUGUACUGUAUACUCUACGAUUUGCGCCCACCUUCUUACAUAAUUUACACCAUUUGAUAGGCGAUUUAUCUCUAGUCAGUUCGAAAUUAAACCAGAAUAAAGCGAAAACGUCAUCUCUAGGAAGAAAUAUAGGUUCGAUUACAGGGCCUAGCUCGCGUAGUACAAGCAGUAAGGACUUACUAUCUCUAGGAAGUUCUAAUGACAUUAUUCCAAAAUCAAAAGUGCAAGUGGUUACAGAAAAGUUACACGAGUUAUUUCUGACCAUGCAUAACCUUGAAAUUAAAGAUUUAGUUGAUCCCUAUCAACCUGUAGCAUUGUUACAAGCUGUGAGAGAAGCAAAUUCAAUAUUUGAAGGAAACAAUCAACAGGAUGCUCAUGAACUCCUUGUAUAUUUGCUCGAUAACAUUCGAGAGACCUGUGAUGUAUUAACUCAACAAGUUCAGCAAAAUCCCGAGCUAUUAAACGAAACUGAAUCUCUGCCCACUGUAAAUAGCAGCAAGUUGUGGAAUGUCAGGAAUUCGUGGAAAAAGAGCCUUAAGAAGAAAGACAAGUCAACAAAAGAAGCAAUAUCAGAGGAACAGGUAAAUGGAGCUCACACCACCGACGCGGAAGACUCAACUUCCAUAGACAGCAACAACGGUUCGACCAAAAAGAAACUCGGAUACAAUUUCGUAGCCGAAGACUUCGAAGGUAUCACGCUGCGGCGUACGAAAUGUCUCGAAUGCGAAAGCGUUACCGAGCGCAAGGAACCCUUCUACGACAUCCCGGUACCCAUUUCCCUCAAAGACGACGAUUUGGCAGACAUGAACGUCAACGACAUUUUCCGACGCGCGUGCGUCACGACCGAGAAACUUUGCGACUCGAAUAAAUAUUUGUGCGAAAAGUGCGAACGGUAUAACGAGGCCAGUAGGGAGGUGCUUUUCGAAAAGUUGCCGAAUAUUAUGGUGUUGCAAUUGAAAAGGUUUACCACGUCCACGUCGGGUGUGCAGAAAGUUAUCACUUAUCUUCCUACUCCUUUGGCUCUCGAGUGUUUUUGUGAGAGUUGUUGCAAGGUGGAAGAUAACCAAUCCCGCAUCCAUCGGUACAAGCUCUGUUGCGUCAUAAUGCACUUGGGCGGAACUAUGGCAUCUGGUCACUACAUCGCGUACGUGAAGGCUUCCGACCACCUCGAGGACUACACGGAUUGUACCCGAGACCUCCCCAAAGGCAGUUUAUCGGCGAGCAGCAGCGAAAAGUCCCUCAACAUUAUCAAGUUUCUCAAACCCCGAACGUUAGGAAGUUCUUUGAUUGAAGGAAAGAAUGGCUUGUCUUCGAGGAGCGUCAACGCUAUGAGGACUUGUAAAAGCAUGGAUUGUUGCGGGGUUAAAGUUAACAAAAACGUAGUGGAAAACGUUAUUAACAGUUCUUCACGGAAAAUCGGCCAGGACUACAAAUGGCAUCACAGCAACUCUUCUUCUGAUGACAUGUGGCUGGAAUGCGAUGACGAAAACGUCAGAGCCAUCUCGAGUCAAGAAUUCGUGGAGGAGCUGGCCUACAAACCAAAUUCAACGUCAACGCCGUAUUUGCUGUUUUAUGCCAAAAUCACAGACCAACAUAGUGAAUAAUGGUAUGAUACUAAAUAGUUUGUAGGAAUUGUGAAAGCCAAAAGAGGGCAUGGUAUGAAAUACAAAUCGUAAAGUCAUUUUUUCUUUGUAGUUUUUUCUUUGUAGUACCUAUGAGUUGAUAGAAAAAGUUUUACAAUCGGGAUUAAGAUCAUAUAAGUUCAUCGCUUCAAUAUUAUAUUAUAAGAUUUGUCAGUAUUUCUUGUUUUGUUUAAAUCUUAAAUUACAUAGAAGUAGAUAUAUGACACCAAACUUGUUGCAGUUUUUGGCCUCUGUUCCUUACUUUGUGUUUUGAGCCAAGAGCAAAACUAUUGCAUUUCUUGUAGACCAGGGCGCAUCUGUAAAAAUAUUAGUACAUUUGGAUGUGGAUUUUUUUGCAGAAAUUGCUUGAAAAUAACUCGUACAUAAAUAUUUGAGUUAUCCUCCCACCCAAAAAGGUCCGGAACAUUGUUUAAAUAAUCAAAAUGUCACAAAAUGAAGGAAAAAUUCGAUUUUUUUCUUCGUUUUUUGAUUAUAACUUUAAAAGUAUUCAUUUCCGAGAAAAAUGUCACUGACAUAAAAGUUGCAUAAUUAAGUUUCCUACAAUAUAGAAUUAGUUAAACAUUUUAAAAAUUUUCACCCUUGUUGCCAAAUAGCAAUAAUUGCGAAAAAACCAUAAAAACACAAAUAUUCACAUUUUACGUUUUUCAACCAUUUUUGCUACACUAAGGACCUUCAUAUUUCACCCAGAAAAACUUUGAUAUAUUAAAACAAUGCUGUAAAUUUCAUUAAGAUCGGUUUUAUAGAUUUUGCAAAAUAAAUUUUGCAAUCCAGCUUUCGCAAAAAAAAUUAUUUUUUCAAAAUGUUGCAGGACUGAAAGUAAAGCAGACAGCAAGUUGAAUUUUUUUACAUAUAGAAGAAUACCGCACCUCUCAUUUGCAAUUUCCAAAAUUAAAAUCGGUUAACUACCACGGCGUCAGGAUUUUUUUAAAUAAACAUUAAUUUUUGGUGCUACGCUCAGGACAGCGGAUACGUUUGCUCUGAUUGGGCAUUCCAAUGACCUUCGAUAAUGAUUGAUAAAUUUUAAUUUUUAGUACAUUUCGAUAUACAUAAAUAAAUUUGUUUAUUGAAAAAUAAAAACACAUACUCUGUCCUUUGAAAUAAUGCUUUUUUAGCAAAAACUUUCUUUGUUCAUAUAUUUUAACUGAGACAAUAAAAGUUUAUUAUUUUUAAACAUAUGCAAUUGUUUAAACAAUAUUUCACAAUCAAAUUAGUUUGAUUUUUGUGGAAUUAAAAUAUUAAAAUACAACAAAAUUUAGAGCAAGAAAAUAAUAUAUUAGAUAAAGAUUGGAAGAAAUUUUGGUGGAAAUCAACUUGUGUGAAUCGAACACCGCUGUCCUGAGGCCGUGGUGGUUAACCGAUUUUAAUUCUGAAAAUUGCAAAUGAAAGGUACAGUACGCUUCUAUAUGUAAAAAAAAUUCAACUUGCUAUCUACUUUAUUUUCAGUCCUGCGACAUUUUGAAAAAAUGAAUUUUUUUGCGAAAGCUGGAUUGCAGAAUUUAUUUUGCAAAACCUAUUGAACUAAUCCUAAUGAAAUUUACAGUAUUGUUUUAUUAUAGUCAUAAAGUUUUUCAGGGUAAAAUAUAAAGGUCCUAAGUGUAGCAUAAAUGUUUGAAAAACGUAAAAUGUGAAUACUUGUUUUUUAUGUUUUUUAUUAUUGCUAUUUUGCAACAAGGGUGACAAUUUUUAAAAUUUUUAAUCAAACCUAUAUUGUAGCAAAUUUAAUUACGCAACUUUUAUGCCAGUGAAAUUUUUCUCGGAAAUGAACGCUUUUAAAGUUAUAAUCAGAAAACCAAGAAAAAAAUCGAAUUUUUCCUUUCAUUUUUUGACAUUUUGAUUAUUUAAACAAUGUUCCGGACCUUUUUGGGUGGGAGGAUAACUCAAUUAUUAUUAUAUGAGUUAAUUCCAAGUAAUUUCUGCAAAAAAAUAUGAGUCACCUCUCAACGUCCAUCUCAAAACAGAUGAGCCCUGGACUAUUGGGAUUCCGAGACUUAAGGUUGGGCUCUUAAAAACUGUAUUCAAGCAACACUCUUUAGGUUGUCAAAAACGACUUUAAAAUACACUUUUGUCAAAUUUGACUCCGUUUUUCUUUUAAUAUAAUUUAUUUUGGGAGUCUUAGUACUAAAUAAAUGGAAUGGAAAUAAAGGCUAUCCAUCAGGAUGCUUGGAAACCUGCAUAUUUACACUGCCAAAAUAGCUGCUUAAGUAGAGGUAUGUAAUUUAGCUGCUGCAAAAUUUAAAAACUCCAAUUUUUGAACGUUUUGUAACAUUUAAUUCAAAAAUGUGUUAUUAAUAUUUCAAAAUUGCUUAUUACAAAGAUAUCUCAUAUGAAAAAUGAGAGAUGGUCAAUCAUGCAAUAAAAGGUCUUGAGGAAAGAGAUGUUUUUUCUCCUUAAAUUUUAAGUAUAUCAUUGAAAAAAGUGGCACUGUUCAUUAAAAAAUGUUUAAAAGCUUAUAUUGCUGUUUUAUCGUUGGUACAAAUGAAAAGCAAAAGAGUUUCAGGGUUUUUGAAAUUGACAUCUACCAUAUUCUCGUCUAUUUGCAAGGCCUGGAUCUUACACUUCUCCAAGAAAUUAACGCACCAUUUUAAAAAUGGGUAAUUUUUGAUGUCUCGGAUUUCCUAAACCUGUUGUCCGAUUUAAGUGAUUUUUUUAAUAUUCGGUUUAAUACUCUCGGUUCGUUUAUACGAAUUUAUGUAUACAAGUUACAGACGAAUUUAUUUUUACUAACUCUAACUAAGACUAACUCUAUUUACAAAGUUUUUUUUUAAUUUUUAAUGGCAUGGGCUUUAUGUCAUUCAGCCAGUCACAACAUGAGUAUUAGUGUCAUGUGUAGUGUGUAUGUUGAGCAAGUGUCUUGUUACGUUGCAAAGUCGACGUCAUUGUCUUUGCAAAGAGACGCUAAUUGUAUCCGAACGUCCGGUGAGUACCGAUCCCACAAGGACAGAAACUAUAUUCAUUUAUUAAUUUAUAAUAAAUGAAAAAUUUCUGACCCUGGUGAGAUUCGAACCCACAACCUUUCGGAUUUUUUCGAUCCAAAGGCAGGCGCUCUUACCACUGAGCCACGGAGGGGGUUUAUUUACAAAGUUCGUUCCUUAUAUAUUGAAUACAAAAAUAACAACCAUACCAAAAAAUAAAAAAAAGAAUAGGAAUGGUUCGGAUUUGAACCAAAGACCUCUCGAUCCCUAGCCGAAUGCUAUACCAAUAAGGCUACGAGCCCCCUGUGUAGUCUCGGACAUAAUGACUUAUAAUAAUUAUAAUAAAUUAUAAUAAAUGAAUUAUAAUAAAUAUAAAUGUUUUAAUAAUAAUACUUAUCUUACUCCCGAGGACGACAAAUCCAAAGACACAAAAAUUAUAAUAAAUAUAUUUACUAAAAACACUAAUAUAUUUUUUUGCACUGAUAUAUUUAUACAUAACUUGGAAGAUUUAGCAACUCCAUACUGUAUGUGUGCGCAUGCGCGCAGAAUAUGAAAAAUUCACUCCUAAUCGCGCCUAAAGAAGUAUAACUUCAAAAAACAAAAUGUUAAGAAAACCCGAGGCUGUAGUUGGUAUACUGCACAGGGUCACGUGAACUUUGAGAAAAAUCACAGUGUGAUUGGUACACCCGGUAUACAUGACAAUUUACUUGUGUAGCAAUAAUAUUAUUACAGCGAUAUUGUUAAAGAAUAAGGCUAUAAUAUAUUUAAAAAGUCACUUAAAUCGGACAACAGGUUUAAGAAAUUCGAGACAUCAAAAAUGACCUAUCUUUAAUGGCGUGCGUUGAUUUCUUGUAAAAGUGUAUGUAUACCGAGGGAUUUUAAACUUGUCUAAAAUUUAUUUUAGUAUAUUUAAAACCGAGAUAAGGAGUUUUUUUUGUUUUGAAGCACAUUGACACUGUCUCUGCUGUUUAAUUUUUUUUAUAUUACGAAAACGAGCCAUUAUGGCACUCUCUUGUAUACACUGAAAAAAAUAAUAGUACUAUGCCCUCUUGGAUCUUUUGUACGAAGGAGGUACAUUGUUUAACAUUUUUUUAGCUAGUACAAAAAUGUUGCAGUGAUCUAAUGUGAUAUCACAGAAUAUUUAUAUUGACAUUUAACAAAAAAAAAUUUAAAUGGAUGUACCUAUAUAGGUAGUUGUUCAGAUAAAUAAGUACAUGCUUGUUUUUCCGGCAAAUUGUGAAUAAUGAGCUUCGAUAUUUUCACGUUAGACCAGUCUACAGAGGAAAUUGCAUGCUAUCACGACUAUUAGGUAUAUGCAUGCGAGUGGGAUAUACUUCGAAUAGUCUGUUUGCGCGUAGACCAGGCUGAAUCUUUUUUUAAUUGGACAUUUUCCAUAGGAGUCUAAUUUUUUCACUAGAAUCACUUCAGAAUGGACCUUGUAUGAAUAAUCAGUCGCAAACUUUCUGCUUGGUAUGGUAUGGUAUGGUAUGGUACAUCAGGGCAGGGCCCAUUUGUGAAUCCCUCAGACACAUGAACCUUCUACGGCGAGUCCAUUGAAUCCAUUGUCUUCUACUCCUAAUUAGCAAAAUACAAAGAAAAGUUAUUUAACAUCUGGAAAUACCAGUUUUAUUGCUGGAAUCGAAUCUUAUGAUUGUAUAUAUUAAUAAUAUAGGUAUGCAAAGUCCGCAGAUAGUGUGCUACUUUUUUAUAAAGAAAAUGGCGCCUGAAAAUCGUGUUUUUUUUCAAUUGUUGCUCUAUAACUCCAGAGAUUUUAACGUUACACCAAAAAUACCCAAAUAAAAAUUCACCGUAAUUAAAUUCUGCAUAGAGACGUGUUUUUCCAACAAAAUCUUUAAUUUUUAACUAAAAUUUUAGAUAAGUAAUUGUUUAUCAAUAAUUAAAUAACUUGGUAAUAUAAAAGCUCUUUUCGUCUUUUCUAUCUAAAAAAAGUCUACAACUGGAAAAAAUAUGUAGUUUUCUUUUCGUAUAAAUAAAUUAAUCUAUUAUAACAAAACAAAAGCAAGUUUGACAUUUAAUAAUGCGUUAUUUAGAAGGCUCUACUCGAGUUACUUGGGGACAAAAAAAGAAUGAAUAAAAUUGCUCCAUGAGAAGCCGAGAACAUGCAUUUUUUUAACGUAUACCGAUUUUGAACUUACAUUUUUUCCAACCUAAUUUUUGAUUGGAAUUUUGCUAUUUUUGGCAGAUUUGACUCGUAUAUCCAUAGUUUUUACUAUAAUAAUAUGUUAUGAGCAUUUUAAACAUAUGAAAAUUGGUGUGGAGAAAAAGGCCAAAUAUAAAAAGGUGAUGGUUCGUAAAUUAUGAUCCUAUUGUUUAUAUCUUUGUCGUAAAUGCCGGUCAACUUUGACCGAUUGUAUCUCAGGAACCACUCAUCGCAAUUAAACGUUUUUUCAUUUAAAAGAAGCGUCCUGCCGUUUUUUUCCAAAACCGUUUUCAUGAUUUAAUUUAAUUUAAUAUUUCCUGAGAUAUUCUAUUUGUUUAUUAGCCAAAAAAUUGUUUAUAAUUUUAAAAUAUUCCUAAGGCCGCUUAAAAAGUCCAAUUUCAAUUCUGCAAAGUACAUUAAAUAGGUACAGUGUCUUUUUAUACAAAAAUCAUAGUUAUUCUUAUGCAUCAUAAUUAUUGUGGUUAUUACAGCGACCGUAAAUUUUUAAUUAACAAUUCAAUUGUUGCUAAACUGUUCAUUCAGUUUCCAUCGGCUUCUGGAAUUAUAAUCUAUACGAAAAGAGCUUUUAUAUUACCAAGUUAUUUAAUUAUUGAUAAACAAUUACUUUAGUCAUUUACUUUAAAAUUUUAGUUAAAAAUUAAAGAUUUUGUUGGAAAAACCCGCAUUUUCCGGUGAAAAUUUUCGUCGAAGUAAAUAGGGAAAACACGUCUAUAUGCAGAAUUUAAUUACGGUGAAUUUCUAUUUGAGUAUUUUUGGUGUAAAGUUAAAAUCUCUGGAGUUAUAGAGCAAAUAUUUAAAAAAACACGAUUUUCGGUCGCAGGAUUUUGUUUAUAAAAAAAGUAGCACACUAUCUGCGGACUUUGCAUACCUAUAUUAUUAAUAUAUACAAUCAUAAGAUUCGAUUCGAGCAAUAAAAUUGCUGGUAAAUAACUUUUCCUUGCAUUUUGCUAAUUAGCCCAGAGUAGAAGUGAUUCCAGCAAAAAAUAAAAUUGACUCCUAGGGAAGAUGCCUAUUAUGGUCUGUUUUUCGACUGAUUCCGCCUGGACUGUAUUGUGUUUAAACACUAUAAGGUAUAAAAUUUUGCUGAGAAUUAUUAAUUGCUUUGAUAAACAUUACAGAAAUUAGUAAAUUGGAUAUAAAAAGUAGUUGUAGUAAAAUAACCCCGAAAUAUACAUCACAUUUUUCGUCUCUAUUACUUUCUUUAGUUUUUAUACUCCCAGUCUCCUGUUCGUCCGAGCCUUCAUCUGUGAGAAAAUUUGAAUCUGGUGGAUCUAUAAAAAGAAAUCCUCGGUCAUGUUCAAAAUUUCUUCUCACGUAAAAAAUUUCAAGUAGCAAUCAAAUCUGGCUAGCGUCUUCACACGGUAACGUUGAAUAUAAACAUCAUGACCGGCAAAAUAUUAUAAUUUAUUUCAUAAAUAAAUUUAUUUUGCUACAAUGAGAUCUACAUAAAUGAUCUCUUUUGAUGUCAAUAUGGUGGCAGCUAUGGGUAAAAUAAAAAGUCGAUACUAUAGUUUGCAGUCGAAAAAUUCAGAAUUCAUUACAUAUUUAAGAUCGCAGAUGUUAGGGUGUUAAUAAAGCUGUGAAUAAAAUGUUUCUAUAUGAGUGCCACUGUUACCGUAUGGUAACGCUAGUCGUUGUGGGGUUAAUAUUAUCCCUAAAACAAAAUUUUAGUCAUUUAAGCUCGGUUCAAGGUGAGGAAAACAUUGGUUCGAACUCUGGGACAGUAGUUAAUCCCAUUCAAACGAUUUCGCUGCUUUAUUUUGUCAAAAGCUCUUACUGCGGUCAUUAUGUAGACCCUGUUGUAUGAGUUAAUCGUCUUAAAACGGAUUAUUUCGAAGUAUUCCUAUAUCCACCAUGUUAAUGGUGAGUUACUAGUUAGUUAUGAUUAUCUUUUUUCGCAGUAUUCGAUAUAGACAUAUUUAAUAUAUAGAUAAUUUUAUAGUUUAUAGUUUAUCCACAAAAAUUGUAAAUUGCAGAUCGAAGAUUUUGUUUAAAUUCUGGUUAUUUGUGUUUGUAUAAAUUUUGCUUUCGAAAAAAAAAUGUACAGAUUAAAUAAAUAUUGCAAAGAAUUAAGAA